AUGGCCAGCCCCUGGGCUAAGGCGACCCCCAAGGUGACAGACUGGUCGGAACAAGUCGAGGAGGAGGAGGCCCAGAAUGGCGGCGACCUGGUCCCGCCGGAGGCCGUGCCGCUGGAUGAGGAGGCCUUCCCGUCGCUGGGCGACGCGGCCAAGGUGAAGACGCCCAAGAAGAAGAAGGGCGGGCAGAAGAUGACCCUGGGGGAGUUCGUGGGCAAGAGCGGGGCCCCCAGCAGGCGGCGGAUUGGGCCCAUGAUGUCGGACCAGGAAAUCGCAAUGAACCUUCCGACGGGGCCCAGGGAGCGCGGGCCCGGGGAGGAGGACGGCGGAUGGGGGCAAGGUGGGCGGUCAGGCUUCGGGGGCGGGUACCGCAGUGGCGGCUUCGGCGACCGGGAGGACCGGGGAAGGGACGACAUGGGGCCCAGCCGCGCGGAUGAGGCUGACAACUGGGGCUCCCAAAAGCAGUUCGUGCCGUCCUCCGGCGGCUACGGCAGCCGGCCCGGCGGGUACGGCGGCGGUGGCUUCAGCUCGUACGACCGCCCGCGCAGCAGCGCCGGCAGCAGGUACGAUGACGCGCCGAUGGCCAGGGCGUCCGACAGCGACAACUGGUCCAGGGACAACAGGUUCGAGCCCAGCAGGGACUCCCAGAGGGGCCGGUCUGGAUUCGGCGGCGGCUUUUACGAGCCGCCGCCGCCGCGCAGAGGGUACGGUUUUCGAGAUCGGGACGACAGGGGGAUGCGCGGCGGCGGCUUCGGCGAUCGGGACCCAAUGAGGACGGAGGGGGGGAGCUGGACGAGGGCCAGGUCGUACACGCCGAAUUCGGAGGGCCCGGGUGAGGAUGGGGGCGGCGAGAGGCCGAGGCUGAACCUGGCGCCACGCAAGAAGCCGCUGGCCGGCCCGGGGUCCGACGGCGGCGCGGAGGGCGGCGGGCGGGACGCGUCCACGCCCUCGAAGCGGAGCAGCAUCUUUGGGGACGCGCGGCCGAGGGAGGAGGUGCUGAAGGAGAGGGGCGGGAGUGACAUCAGCGGGUCUGCCCCUCAUGUUGGCAGGACGACGCCCACAAGCGAGGUGAGCAGCCGUGCUGGCAGCAGGACUGGCAGCCGUGCUGGCAGCAGGGCUGGCACCCCUGCUAGUCCAGUUGUAAGGAGCCCAAGAGAGGCCCCAAAGCAGCCAUUUGUGAGGCCACACAGGGAAGACCCCUUUGGGGGCGCCCGACCUAGAGAGGACAACCUUGGCCAAAGGAUGAUGGAGAAGGAUGCGGAGGAGGAGCUGUCAAAGGGAAUCGAGGCCAUGUGA